AUGUCCUCACCGACGUCCAGACGGAACAGUUGCCGUGGGAGCCACCGGGGCUCCAGCUGGUCUUACGUUUACUCUGGCGCUCCAACAGAGGAAUACAUCGGCUGACUAUUAAGUCAGCCGAUGUUCGCCAUAACGCUGCGUUUUUUGCUGGCAAUAGAUCUGUGGCUGUCCAAGCGGCUCGGCGUGUGCGCCUUCGAGGAGUCCCCAUGGGGGAGCAUACAGCCCCUGGUGCGCCUGCUGGAGUUCUCCGGACAUUUCAUCCCGUGGCUCAUGGGCACCCUGUACACUCUGCUCCGUGGAGAGACGGCGGCAGAGCAGGAGAUCAUGCUGAAUAUGGCCCUGGCUCUGUUGUUGGACCUGCUGCUGGUCAGAGUUGUGAAGACUCUGGUGAGACGUCGACGGCCCGCACAGAACCGCUCUGAUAUCUUCUCCACCUUCUUCGUGGAGCGCUACUCGUUCCCCUCAGGCCACGCAACGCGGGCGGCAAUGUGCGCUCGGUUCUUCCUUGCCCAGCUGGUGGACACAGCCUCCAUGCGGGUGCUGGUCGUGGGCUGGGCCUUCCUGGUGAGCCUGUUGGUGACCGAUGUGGGCUUUGGCUUGGCCAUGGGUUACUGUCAGUACAGCUUGGUAGAGAGGCUGUGGGUGACCUGGGACUGCCUUCAGGACGUGCUGCUCAUGCGACUGCGAGAGGGACUCAACAGGGCUUAUGGUGGUCUCUGGAUGGCAUCUUGGACACAUUAG